AUGGGACUUCGCGGCGCCCCACUCCAUCUGUGGUCCGAUUCCACGGUGAUUUUGGCCUGGAUCCAGGGACACCCCUCCCGGUGGAAGACCUUCGUCGCCAACCGCGUAGCCGAGAUCCAGCGGGUCCUUCCGGAGGCUCGGUGGCGACACGUGGCCGGAUGCGAGAACCCUGCGGAUUGUGCCUCCCGGCGUCUAACUCCUCGGGAACUCCUCUCGCAUUCACUGUGGUGGACCGGACCGACUUGGCUUUCCCAGGACGGUCCGGGUCCGAUUAACCAGCCGCCGACGGUGGAGUCGCCGCCGGAGGAAAGGACCAGGACCCACCUGACGACCGCCUCGACCGAGGAGUCUGAGAUACUGCGAGCCUUCUCCCGACUGUCGCGACUGCUGCGGGUGACCGCGUGGUGCGCUCGCUGGCUGGUCGCAUGCCGCAAGCGACCGCCUGCGCCCACUGCCGGGCUCGCCCCGUUGGAGCUUGAGGAGGCGCAACAGCGUUGGAUCCGAGUCGUGCAGGCGGUCUGGUUCUCCGGGGAACGGCGCGCCCUGAUCGAGGGAGCGGGGGUGCCGAACCGCAGCGCUCUCGCCCGACUGAGCCCCUUUGUGGACGACCAGGGCAUCAUUAGGGUUGGCGGGCGGCUCAAACAUGCCAUCUUGAGCCCGGACGAGCGUCACCCGGUGAUUCUACCUAGAGGGUCGCACCUGACUACCCUCGUCAUUCGCGCCUACCACCUGGAGACCAUGCACGGCGGGGUCCAGCUCACCCUGGGCCUGGUUCGGCAACGUUUCUGGAUCCCCGGAGGCCGACAGGAGGUCAGGCGCCACAUCCACCGUUGCGUGACUUGCGUGCGAUGGCGGGCGGCUUCACCGCACCCCUUGAUGGGGCAGCUCCCCCCUUCGCGCGUCACCGUCUCUCGACCGUUCACGCAUACGGGGGUGGACUACGCGGGACCCGUCCUGGUCCGCGCUGCGCCGGGCCGUGGACACAAAGCUCACAAGGCCUUUAUGGCUAUCUUUGUGUGCUUUUCCUCGCGAGCCGUGCAUCUUGAGCUGGUCUCGGAUUACUCCACCGAGGCCUUCUUGGCGGCCUUCUACCGUUUCGUUUCUCAAAGAGGGCUGUGCCGAACCUUGCACAGCGACCGAGGCACCAAUUUUGUAGGAGCCGACGCCCAGCUGCGAGCCUUAUUCAGAGCCGCCGUCACGGAAAACCCGAGCCUCGUGGACGCCCUGGCAACCAAGGGCGUGGAGUGGAGGUUCAACCCCCCUGCUGCUCCUCACUUUGGGGGCCUGUGGGAAGCCGCCGUAAAAUCGGCACUCCGCGAUGAUCCUGAGGACUUGGAGGCCUUGACUCCUGGCCAUAUCUUGACGGGAGCCGCGCUCAAGGUUGUGCCGGCGCCCUCACUGGCCUCGGAGCCGUCCAAUCGUCUCACCCGAUGGCGAUGCCUACAAAAAAUGCGGGACGAUUUCUGGCGCAGAUGGUCGGCCGAAUACUUACACGCGCUCGCCGUGCGACCCAAGUGGUGCCGGCCAGAGCCAAAUCCUCUCGUGGGCGACCUGUGUCUGCUCCGAGGAAAGGCUCUCCCACCAUGCCGAUGGCCGUUGGCACGCAUCGUCGGGGUCCAUCCGGGUGAGGACGGGAUGGUGAGGGUGGUCACAGUGCGUACGGCCACCACAACACUCAAGCGACCGGUGGUCAAGAUCGUGCCGCUGCCGCGUCACGAUUGCGACGUCGUACAACAGGAUGAGGAUACCGCGAGUCAGCCCGGACCUUCGACCGAGUAG